GCCUGCCCAUCCCCGGGCCGGGUCUGCAGCCGCCGGUUCCUCCUUCCCGGAGCUGAUCCCGAGCUGAGCCGCACUCACAGAACAGAGGCCGCAAACCGGCCGGGCCCACCGCUCCUUACCUGGGACAGACCACGGCGGGCGGGACCCAGACCCAGACCGGGAACGGAACCGGCGGCGCAGCCACCUCCCACCCGCGCUGCUUCCGGCGCGCCGGGGCCAAUGACCGCGCUGGGCCGGGCCCUGCGGGCUCUCUGCGCGGAGCUGCGCGGCCGCGGGCGUGGCUGGUAGCUAGAAGCAACGUUCUCCACUUGGCUCUGUAGCUGUAGAGAGUAACUAUGGAUGAUCCUGACAAGAAGACUGAAGUAGUGCUGCUGGCCUGUGGGUCCUUCAAUCCCAUUACAAACAUGCAUCUAAGGCUCUUUGAGCUGGCUAAAGACUACUUUCAUGAAACAGGAAAAUACAAAGUAAUCAAAGGGAUCAUUUCACCAGUGGGUGAUGCCUAUAAGAAGAAAGGUCUGAUCAGUGCAAAUCACCGAGUGACGAUGGCAAAACUGGCUACAAAAAACUCAGAUUGGGUGGAAGUUGAUGAGUGGGAAAGCAGCCAGAGUGAGUGGAUGGAAACACUAAAAGUUUUAAGGUACCAGCAUCAAAAGUUUUUAUCUUCUGAUCCUACCAAUAGUCUGCAGAAUGCUGUACCUGUGACAAAGCCAGGACGGAAGAGGAAACAGGAACCAAAUAGACAUGAGCCCAUUAAAAAGAAAAAUCAGGCUCCAGAUAUAAAAAGUGUCCCACAGGUCAAACUGCUUUGUGGAAGUGACAUGCUGGAAUCUUUUGGGAUCCCAAAUCUGUGGAAGUUGGAGGAUAUCACUGAAAUAGUGGAAAAUCAUGGACUUGUAUGCAUCAGUAGGGCAGGAAGCAAUGUUCAGCAGUUCAUCUAUGAAUCUGACCUUUUGUGGAGACACAGGAAUAACAUUCACCUUGUGGAAGAAUGGAUCACAAAUGACAUUUCCUCUACCAAGAUUAGAAGAGCACUGAGGAGGGGGCAGAGCAUUCGUUACCUGGUGCCUGAUGUGGUUCAAGAAUAUAUAGAAAAACAUAAUCUCUAUAGUCCAGAGAGUGAAGACAGGAAUGCUGGAGUGGUCUUGGCUCCCUUGCAGAAAAAUAAAAGUGAUUCCAAGAACUAACAGACACUAUACAACUUAAUUUCUGCUGUGAAAAAAAGAUUCAGUUAGGUACAGGAAAAUGUGGGGGUUUUAGGGCUUGUUUUUUUUGUCUGGGGAGUGUUGUGGGGGUUUUUGAAGUAAAUAGUGGGCUAAUUCUGUGGCUUUAGUACAUCUGUUGCUGUUGGGGUUUGAUGCACUCAAUAAGUGGACCUACACAAUCUUUUGACAAUCUGAUAGUAAGACUUUCACAUUUAAACAUUUUGUUGCAGUGCCUUGAAUUAAGUAUACAAAUUCACACUUGCAUAUGAUUGCAAAUUAACAAACAAACCAAAAUGUUCUGAUUAGCUUUAACUCAGACUGCUGAGCAAAAAUAUUUUAGUAACAUAGAGUGUCUUAGCAAAGACAUUGAGUUUCAAAAUGUACCACUUACUGAUCAUAAAUCUAUAGAAAUUUUUUUUUAAUUGGCAGCAUGUGUAGUGCUUUCAGUAAAUUAUUUAGAUCUAUCCUGGAAGAAAAAAAAUUACUUCUAAAGUGAUAUAUAAUGCUUUGAGUUGCCUGCCUUUCACUUACACAGCCUAUUUGUCUGCCAUCAUGCAAUUUGCUCCCAGAAAUAUCUUUUGCUUUAGUUUUCCACUCAUUCUUCCAGUGCUGUAUGUUAAGCACAGCAUUGUUUCUCAUGGAAGGACAGAGACCUCCUUCAGAAACUGGUUUAAUAGCUAUUGAUUUAAGUGAUAGGAAUUAAUUAUUAUUGCACUGAUUCUGGGACAGUUGUCCCUUUAUUUCAAAUAAUAAAUGAGCUUUUACAUUUAAGCCAAAUGUAUAUAGCCAGAAUUGUUUGCUGUAACUGGAGUUGGGCAGAAAUGGUAUCAUAUUAAGACUGUACAUAAGUGAAAUAUUUUCCCUUGCUAGAAAGAUUUGCUUUUGAAUCUAACAGUUUAUUACCUGUAUUAUGUGAAUAUAAACUAGAGGCACUGUGAAUGUCAUGGUGAUAAAAUUCUACCUCCCUUUAUUUGCUGUCAUCCUGGUUUUUUUUUUUCCAGUUCUGUGCCUUAUUAAAAAUGUCAAAGUUUCCA